GGGCGAGUAGGGGAUGGACCUGCAAGAGCCGGCGCUUGUUUCGUCAAGGGGUUUCUUUCCGUAGCGGCGCUGACAUCCCAUCACUCUUUCCGUUACAACGGCCCUCGACCCCCUCCUUCGGGGCAGACGCUGCCGGAGAGUGGCAGUGAGGAGGAGGACGAGGAGGAGGAGGGUGAGGGCAAGGAGGAUGAGGACAAUGAGGGGAGCGGGGAUGACAGUGAGGCCGGGUGGGAGCCAGGGACGCAUGGCGGUGGGGAAGGGGGGGAUGAUGAUAAAGACCAUGAGAUGGAUGGCUUGGAGCCUGAGGAGGUGGAGGAGGAGUUGGGAGAGGGUGGUGGAGGGGCGGCGACAGAGGGGCCUCACAGCAUGUGGGAGAAGGCGGAGGGGGCGUGGGGGUUAAGCACACAUGCAUGUGUGGCAUCAAAGUUACCACAACCCGCCGUUCAACUGCCGGGGGAGACGUUUCCUCAUGGGGACUACAAGGGUGUGCCGGAUGGCUACGUCGAUGGGUGGCCGCAUGCCAAGUCUUGGCCGCAUCUCGCCAAGAAGAAAGGGAAGGCGUCUGGUGGAGAUCGGGGGUCAAGUGGGAUCGAGCGGUUCUUGACAACCAAGCUGACCACGGUGGAGCUACGGCAGGCGAUCGCCAAGCUGGUGGUCACCUGUGACCUCCCCUUCCGCAUCGUCGAGGCCGAGGCUUUUUGGGAGCUAUUAAUCCUGCUAAACCGCAACUGUGCGCAGAAGAACUUCAUCCCCUCGCGCUGGACGGUAUCUCGCGACACCGUGGUCUAUGCGGCAGCCGCUCUCCAGUCCGCCAUUGCGGAGAUGCUGGCGAAGGAGGGGGGGUUGGGGUGCAAGGUGUCGCUCACCAUCGACAUGUGGACGGCACCCAACAACAAGGCAUGGCUAGUGGUGACAGGUCACAAGAUAGACGAGAACUUCCAGCUGCGCACAAUGGUGCUUGAGUUCCGCGAGAUGCACGGGCGGCAUGGGGGCAAGGAGAUGGCGAGGGUGGUUGAGGAGACGGUGGUGCAGUGGGGAUUGGAGGGGCGUUGUCUUGGUUUCAUGACAGACAACGCCUCUAGCAACAUUGCCGCCUUCAGGCGGAUGUCGGAGGAGGGUGGUGGUCAGUGCUUCUUCAACUCUCGCAUGCACUUCCGGUGCUUGGCACACGUGAUCAACCUUGCAGUGAAGGCAGCUCUAGCUAUGGCCGCCAUACGCAAGUUGUUGAAGAUUCUGAGAGAGGUGGUGUCGUGGAUUGGCUUCUCGCCGCAGCGCUCAGGGAAGUCCUUGGGCCUACAACGGACCUUGAACACGCAGGCCAACCCCGCCAAACUGAAGCCGGCGUUGAAGCUGGGCUUGUCGAAGGCUGACAAGAAGAAGGUGGAGAGCAUGCGCUUGACGGACGCAGACUGGGAGACUCUGCAGGCUGUCAAGACGUUCCUCAGCCCAUUCGCCAAAGUCUCAAAGGCAGCGGAGGGGGCGGCGUACCCUACAGAGGCGAUGGUGGUGCCGUACCACAAUGGCCUGAUCGGCGCUAUGGAGUCGCGCCUUGCCAAGGGGCCAUCGGCUACGCUAAAGCUGAUGAUCGAGGCGGCGCUGGGUCUCUCGAAGAAGUAUGCCUACAUGUCCAGCAACGAGUUGUGGAUCGCCACCUUCCUGGACCCUUCCAUGAAGGCGGCGUGGUUCGACGACACGCACUGGGAGAAGUUGCAUCCCGAGACCGACCGGAGGGUGAGGCCGCAUCCCACGUCUGGCGAGGUGGUCCAGCUGGUACGCGACCGCGUGGCGGAGUACCAGGCCCGGGCUGCAGAGCUUGCUCCCCGGCCGACCCCACUUGCCCCCGUGAUGGAGGAGGAGGAGGAGGAGGAGGGAGACGCGGCGGAUGACGACGAUGACGCGCAGUUUCUCCCUAGUCGCCGACGACCUGCGGCACGUCUGUCAGCGAGCCAGGAGGCGGGGAGGGAUGGGAUGGUGCAGGAUGACGAGGUUAGCAGGUACUUGUCUGAGAGGGUGCGGUGCGACGUGACAGCGUUGGAGUACGGGCGCACUGCCACCAACAUGCAGACGCUGAGGCGCAUGGCCCGGGAUUAUCUCGCCAUCCCUGCCACGUCCGAGGAUAGGCGAGGGCCGCCGACCGAGAGGCGUCGCACCACCACCGAUGGGGCAGAGGAGGACGAGGAGGAGGAGGAGGAGGAGGAGGAGGAUGAGGAGGAGGUGGAGGAGGAGGAGGGUGUGGAGGCUGACGACAUAGCUGGUGGGGAGGAUGCUGUUGUUGGUAGUAGCAAUGGCGCUCAGGCGUAG